AUGGCUCCUCCGAAACAACCCCCGCAUCAGCCAGCACCGGAGCGCCUCGAGGUCCCGACCCUCCCUCCUCCCUCAUCGCGCUUCGUCCUCCCUCCUCCCCCUUCGGCCCUCCUCGACCGCCUCCAGGCCUUCCUUCCCCAGAUCCGCGACGCCAACGCCCACCUCGACCCUCCCCAGCCCGGCACCGCAUCACCAGACGAGGCCGUCGUCGUCGAGGAAAUCACAGACUCGAGCGACGACGACUCGUCCACUGACGACGACGACUCCACCACGAGCGACGACGACAGCGACGAGGGCGACAGUGACGACGGCGAGACGGCCGAGCGGCAGCAGCAGGGCGUCGCGACGGAGCAGGUCGCGCCGCCGGCAGGCGCAGCAGACGACGGCGCAGGGUCGCUCGCCCGCCUCCUCGACAUCUCGGCCCGCCCGACCGUCGUGCGGUCAAAGCUUCUGGUGCAGGAGGAGCCGGUGGCGGGUGCGCACGCGGGGCGAGACGACAUGCAGGCCGACUGAGGGCGGCAGAGGGAGGAUGAGCUCGUCGGUGGACGAGCUGGAUCAUGAAUCGCUCGACCCGGAUUCGGCGAGCGGAAGAGCUGCCGAGUGGCCGGUCGCGCCCGUCCGAGUCAGCUCUCGGACGUGAAGGUACGCCGAGGACGUGCGAGCACCCAUUUGGCCGUAGAGCCCCUUCUCUCGCCUCGUAGGGCCACCUCUCGCCGGCUCUCGUCGCGCACGAGCCCGGGCCUCUGCCUGCAACGCGACCAGACUGCAAAGA